AUGAGCCGGGGGGGGCCCCCGGGGGGGGGCCACGUCCCCUCAGUGCUGCUGCAGCCCCAGGAGAACCUGCGGCUCUUUGAGUCCCUGGGCAGGAAAUGUGUGGCACUGGUGACGGCGGUGGCGCAGCUCGUGGUGGCCCAGCCGGGGGAAGCGGGGGGCGGUGCGGGGGGGGCCUGGGCCCGGCGGGGCUGUGGCGCCAUUUGCCUGGUGCGGGACGGCGCCCGGCGCUCCUACUUCAUCCGGCUCUACGAGCUGGCUGUGAGGGCUGUGAGGGGGGCUCUGUCGCAGGCGGGGGCUCUGCGCUGGGAGCAAGAGCUGCAGGGGGGGAUGUGCUACAGGGCUCGUACCCCGUUCUUCCACACCUUCGCCUCCUACGAGGGCCAGGCGGGGCUGAACUUCGCUGACGAGGGGGAGGCGGCCACCUUUGAGGCCCUGGUCCAGGAGCGGCUGCGCCGACGCCAGCAGCGGGCGGAGAAGCGGCAGCUCCCGCCUCUGCCACCCCCCGGUGAUGCCCCUCUACUGCCAGCGGUGCCCAUCAGCAAUCCUGACAUCACGGCAUCCCGCUACCGGGGGCUGCCCAGCCCCACAGAUGGACCCACAGCGAGCACCACAGCUGGGGACCAGAAGAAAAGCCGCAAGAAGAUCUCCAAGGCUGACAUCAGUGCCCCGUCUGGCUUCAGGCACGUCGGGCACAUCGGUUGGGACCCCAGGAAUGGCUUUGAUGUAGCGGCUCUGGACCCUGCUCUCUGGGCACUCUUCACCCAGGCUGGCAUCACUGAGGUGCAAUUGGCUGACGCCGAGACCUCCCGCCUCAUCCAUGACUUCAUCACGGAACGGGGUGGGCUGCAGGCAGUGCGGGAGGAGCUGCAGCACCAGGGUCAGCCCCCCUCCUCCCGUCCCCCUCUCCCACCCAGCCGAGGGGCUAACCCUAUCCCUAACCCACCCCCCGGUCCAUCCCGCAGCCGCACGGGGCCGCUGCCCCCGCGGCCAGGGGGCGCCCUGCCACUGCCCCGCAGUGGCCCGGCCCUUCCCGCGGUGGCCCCGCCCUCCCGGCCUGUGGCUCCGCCCCCUGGACAUGGCCCCGCCCCCCCGGGGACCACCCCUGCUCCGUCUCCUCCUCCCCCGCCCCCUCUGCCAGGGGCCUCCGGUGGAGGCCCUGUACCCCCCUCGGGGCGGGGGGCACUGCUGGACCAGAUCCGCCAAGGGGUGACACUGAACAAGACCCCUGAGUGCCCCGAGAGCAGCAGCGGCGGUGCCAGCACUGGGGGGCUGGUGGGGGCUCUCAUGGACGUGAUGCAGAAACGCAGCAGAGCCAUCCACUCCUCGGAUGAGGGUGAAGAACUUGAGGAGGAGGAUGAAGAAGACGAGUGGGACGAAUGAGCACCUCGAGCCCCACCAGGCACAGACUGAAACCCACCCUGAAGGACACAUUUCCCCAGCCUCAAUUUGGCAGGAGG